AUGUCAGUUGUAAAGGUAGAAGAAGAGACGUCGCCAUGGCAAGUGACGAUGACGGUGCUUCUGCUCAUCCUUUUUCCGCAAGCAGUUGCCAUCGCUUUGUUCUCAAGCAUGGGCUUGGCCGUGGAGGUUGCCGCGCUUGCAGCGAAAGACGACAUGGAUAUGGCCGGCAACGGCAUGGCGGCGUUAUUCGCCAUGCUGCUGGCAUUUGCCUUCGUGAUUGAUGUCACCAAGAGAAAUGUUGUUGUGCAAGUCAUUGUGGGUUUCCUUGGGGCCUCUUCGUGCCUUGCAGCGGCGUCUUUGAAGAGCAUCAGCUACCCGUGGCUCAGUGGCCUUGUUUGCUUCUGCCUGGCUAUCAUCAUGGUUGCGUGGCUACGCUCCCACUUUUUCAAAGCCGACGAGGUGAAGGGGCAAAUCUUCUUCCAAGCCAUGGCCAUGGGCUUCUUCCUGGCCGCGCUGGCGCUGGUUGCGGCCUGGACGACCUGGCAGUCCGUGGACGAAAAGUUUUGGGGCAGCGCCACCAAGGACUGGCUAGCGGCCCAGAACUCGGCCCUGUACGCGUCUCUCAACGUGACUUACACCCAGUGUGUGGCCGCCAGCAAAAGCAACAGCACCGAUUAUGCGGCAGUGUCAUCCGCCUGCCAGACGGCGGAAACCGUUUGGUUUUUGCAGUGGUCUGGCCCUUGCGCCUUGGGGAUUUGCAAUGUAAUUGUGGCUGGCUUCGGCACGGUCUUCGCACAGGCUGCAGACACUCUGGGAGAUGAUUCUGGAACAGACGCGCAGGGCUUGAAGAAAGUGCUCAAGACCUCUUUCGCGAUGAUUGUUUUCAUGCUCGGGGUGAUGUACAGCGCGCAAUACGUGUCCGGUGCAAACGUGACCGUGAGCUCGGGCCUGCUGGCGUUGGCUGCAGCGUCAGCAGCCGCGAUCUUCGGCUUUCUGUUGCUGGAGGUGGGUCCUCAGCGCCUCCAUCUAGCCUCGCAGUCAGAUCCUUUGGCAGCACUCCUCAUCGGCGUGCUGAAGUCUGACUGGGUGAAAGCGGUAUCAGUCGCCAGUUUGAAUGUCUUCAUUCCGGUGAUGGCUCUGCUGGACAUGCUGCGCGAGAGGGUGCGCAGGUGCGCCAAACAUCCACCAGCCUCCGGGCAAAGAUAUACCACCGAAGGCCAACGUGUGGCCGAGAUGAUGGGCUCCUGGGAUUGGUGCUCCAUCUUCUUCAAGGUGAACCGCAUCGGGCAGCUGGGGGCAGCCAUGCUCCUUGGCAUGAAGCUCACCUACGUCUUCUUCUCCUGGCUGAAUGAGACCCUGGCAGCGGCAGGCCUUGCGUAUGCUGUGUUGUGCUUGAUGAUCUUGGCAGUGGGUUUGGGCAUGUUCCUCUGCCCCAUCGUCCCGGGCUCCGCCGUCUACAUCUUCGCCGGGGUGGUGCUGGGCGCCCAGAGCCAGGCCUCCUCGGGCCCUGGCUUCGAGCUGGGGGUGGCGAGCGCGGUGGUGGUGAGCUCCGUGGCCAAGAUAGUUGCCUGCUUAUUGCAGUAUUCCAUGGGCUUUGCCAUGGGCAAGAGUGUGAAGGUGCAGCAGUUUGUUGGGGUGGACAAGGUAGCCAUCAGGGCAAUGGAAAAGAUCUUGAAGCAGAAUGGGAUAAAGAUUGACAAGGCCGCCAUUCUGGUCGCUGGGCCUGACUGGCCAACUAGCGUUCUUUGCGGCAUACUGCGUUUGAGGAUCCCUUCAAUGCUGCUUGGGACACUGCCAGUGAUUCUUGUCAGCAUUGGGCCUCAAGUCCUGGUUGGGGCACUGCUGACAUAUCAAGCCGGCUCCUCCGGGAUAAUGAGCAUGAUCUCCAGCUCUGUGACAUUGUUUGCAGCUGUGGUGCAAGCAGUGGCGAUGCUUUUCUUCACAUAUCGAAUCAUGCGAGUGGUCGAUGAGUGCGGGGAGGAGCUCAAGGAGUGGAGGCCCGAGCAUGCUGCGGUUGCCGCCCUGACGGAGAAGGAGAAGGCCUUCGUAGAUGCCCUGCACGAGGCUUCGGAUUGGCGCCAGCUGAAAAUGUUCAAGAAAAUGCUGGUCACGGUGUCCUCCCUCAGCAUCAUGUUGGCCAGCUUCAUUUUGAUGGCCGACUACUCAGUGGCAGCGGCAGACAAGUUCGCGCUCAGAAGCUUUGCCAUAACCAAUAGCAUCGGCGCCAGCUUUGAGGAAAACGGCUUGGAGGGAGAUGCGCUGAACAUUGUGAUGUCCCCAGUCGGCUGGAUGGCGUUGGGACUCAUUCUUUUCGGCACCCUGCUUGAUGUGCUUGUGAACAAGUUGCUUGCCUGUGAUGGGCGCAAAUUGCUCAUGCGAGAGACGGAGUAA